GCUGCUUGGUGCGUCCUGCCGUCGCGUGUCCUGCUGGUGCUGACCUCUCAGAAAGGGAUCCAGAUGUACGAGUCCGACGGCUCCAUCAUGGUGUAUUGGCAUGCACUGGACUUCACGGAGCAUCGUCCAGCACAAGCAGUGUUUGCUCGAGGGAUCGCUGCAGCUGGCGGACGCUUCAUCUGCGUGGGGACGUCCUCCGGGCUGGUGCUGGUGUUCGACAUCCCCCCCAAAGGGACGAACAUCACGGUGAGCGAGGUCCUGGAGCAGCACCGCGACGCCAUCACUGACAUCGCGGCGGAGCUGGGCCAGGCUCCGGACGGGGCUGGUGACCUGGUGACUGCCGAUGACGCUGGGACCCUCUGCGUCUGGAGCACGGGAGAGGAGUUCACCCUGGUCAGCAAAAUCCCGGCCUUUGG